AUGGCAACCAGCAGAGUACGGCCGUGGGGCCUCGUGUGUAGGACAGCGCGUACCAAUGGCUUCGUUAAGCCGGCGUCGAGUAGUAGGCGGAGAUGUCUGGCGACAGCAGCGCCCGGAGCUGCUGAUGUCGCAACACUGCCGCUGGCUGGUAUCAGGGUGCUGGAUAUGACAAGAGUGUUGGCUGGUCCAUACUGCACGCAGAUUCUUGGAGACCUUGGUGCGGAGAUCAUCAAGAUAGAGCAUCCGACCCGAGGUGACGAUACGAGGGCAUGGGGGCCACCGUACGCCAAAUACACCGAUAGCAGCAAGAGUGGGCCAGGAGAGAGCGCAUACUUCCUUUCCGUCAAUCGCAACAAGAAGUCGCUGGGCCUGUCCUUCGCGCAUCCCGCAGGUGUCGACAUUCUGCACAAGCUGGCCAAAGACUGCGAUGUACUCGUCGAGAACUACCUGCCUGGCGCGUUGAAGAAAUAUGGCAUGGACUACGAGACUCUUUCAAAGGUCAAUCCGAGCCUGAUCUAUGCGAGCAUCACGGGAUACGGACAGACCGGGCCCUACAGCAACCGUGCGGGCUACGAUGUGAUGGUGGAGGCGGAGAUGGGCCUCAUGCACAUCACCGGCUCGCGCGACGGCCCACCAGUUAAAGUCGGUGUUGCAGUCACGGACCUGACGACCGGCCUCUACACCUCUAACGCCAUCAUGGCGGCACUACUAGGACGCGUAAGAACAGGCAAAGGGCAACAAAUCGACGUCGCGCUUAGCGACUGCCAAGUCGCCACUCUCGCCAACAUUGCGAGCUCCGCGCUCAUCAGCGGCCAGAAAGACUCGGGGCGGUGGGGCACAGCCCAUCCGUCUAUUGUGCCGUAUCGAGCGUUCAAGACGGCGGAUGGAGAUAUCCUGCUUGGAGGCGGCAACGACAGGCUGUAUGGGAUCAUAUGCGAGAAGCUCGGGAAGCCGGAGCUGGCAAAAGACGAGCGAUUCGUGACGAACGCUGUGCGCGUGAAGAACCGGGAUGAGCUGGAGAGGUUACUAGAAGGGGAGACGGUCAAGAAAACGACGAAGGAGUGGUUGGACGAGUUUGAAGGGAGUGGCAUGCCGUAUGCUGCUAUCAAUGAUAUUCAGGGCACGCUGAGCCAUGAGCAUGUGCUGGCGCGAGAUAUGGUCACGGAGGUGGAGCACCCUGCUUGCGGGCCAAUGAAGCUGGUCAAUACGCCAGUCAAGUACUCCUUCUCGAAGCCAAGUGUGAGGAUGCCGCCGCCAACUCUAGGUCAGCACACGGAGGAGAUUUUGAAGGAUGUUGUGGGCAUGAGCGGGGCAGAUAUAGAGAGUCUGAAAAGCGAGGGUGUAGUGGCAUAG